UGUUACAUUCUUUCACAGUCGACUCUGUGCUCUUUCACUCCCUCUAAUGGAGCUCGUGCCUCUCCCUCUCUACGUAAGCCUCCGGGAACUCGGUAAAGGAAAAGUUUGGGGAGAAAAACGCUGGUGUUGUACGUGUAUGGAUGGAUAUGGCCUCGAGUUGAAGAAGAAAAAGUGGCGAAAUGCCGAGGAAUCCUGACGAAAACUAAACCACAAGUGGAGCAGGCAGCGAGUGUGUAAUUUUCUGUUUCGUUUAAUGCGAAGUUUUAGCUGGAGGAACAGGAGCAAGGAAGAGAAACGGAAUUUACCGGUGACAUUUUUUCUCUACAAGCAAAGGACAUAACAUUAAAUGGACGUUAAGCUGAUCUCAGGUUAAGCGCGUGCGUGUUGAGUGAGAAAAGAGACGAGCCGAAAAAAGUUUAAACUCCACAAAUAAUCUGGACAAAGAACUAUGGCAAAGAAAUACGACUUCCUCUUUAAAUUGCUGCUUAUUGGUGAUAGCGGGGUGGGAAAAACAUGUCUGAUCAUCCGCUUUGCAGAGGAUAACUUUAAUUCAACAUACAUAUCAACUAUCGGUAUUGACUUUAAAGUGAAGACCAUUGAAGUCGAAGGGAAGAAAGUCAAGUUGCAAGUCUGGGACACAGCAGGGCAGGAGAGAUUUAAGACCAUCACUACAGCUUAUUACAGAGGAGCUAUGGGUAUCAUUCUUGUGUAUGACAUUACUGAUGAGAAAUCCUUUGAGAACAUUCAAAACUGGAUGAAGAGUAUCAAAGAGAAUGCCUCAGCAGGAGUGAGUAGAAUGCUGCUGGGCAACAAGUGUGACAUCGAAGCUAAGAGAAAGGUGUCUAAGGAGAUGGGUGAGAAGCUCGCAAAGGACCAUGGGAUUCGGUUCUUUGAGACAAGUGCAAAGUCAAGCAUCAAUGUUGAGGAGUCCUUCAAUGCUUUGGCUCGAGAUAUCUUGAUGAAAUCUAGCAUGAAGCCGGGCUCUGCGGGCCGUGAAGUCAAACUCACCAGCACCACCCAAGAGAAAAAGUCAUCCAAGUGUCUUCUGUUGUAAACACGUCAUCAUCAGACACUCCAGACCCAGCACACUCCUACAAUACAGCAGUAUUACACACAGAACAUUGUGAAAAUUUAGCAAAAUGUAUAAAAUGAACAAAAAUACAAAAUGAUAAACCAUACAUAAAAGAUAUUUGUUAGGUUUUUGUAUAGAUUUACUGUUUCCAUUAUCACAACAGGCCAUUCUGUAGUUGGGUUUGAGUUAUGUUAUGUUUAUACAUUCUCAAAUUUCAGAUUUCAGCUGGAGUUCAUGUUGAGGUAUAAGUAAGAAUGCUUAGUUAUAAUGCUGUUGGCAGUUAUACUGUCUGUCCUCCCAGCUACGAUCUUUGGUGCGUUCAAUUUUAAAGGUGGUUGGCCAUUUUACAAAGUGUUAAAAUGCUUGUUUUUCAGCUGACAAAUAAAUGUUAAAUUAGGCCAGUCCAAGAAGAUGACUUGGAGGUGGUGAGGAAAGUAUAGUGUUGAAAGCAUGCACUUAGCCCAGAGUUUAUUACUAAUCCUGACUCUCUGACCUCCCUCCAGCAGCGCAAGGGGUGGAGGAUAUAACCUACAGUGGAUUUUUUUGGGCUGGAAAGCAUUUGCCCUUGGCAUCAAUAAUAGUAUGGUUAAAGUUUCUUGGCAGUUUGUACAGCCUGUUUCCCUUCAACAUAUUUUAAAUAUGUAUUUUACUGCUUUUGUUAUAGACAGCUUAAUUUUCUUUUCUUUUCUUUUUUUUUUUUUUGCUGCCUUAAUUGCAUCACAUCACUGUUGACAGGAAUUAAGUGGAAACAGGAAGGGCAAGUUGACAAGGAAGCACUAGAAAAACAGUAUUGAGAUGAAUACAGAAAGGACAUAAUGAACUACAGAGAGUGUUAUGAGUAAGUGAGGUUGUACCAAAGUGUAUGUGAGAGAAAGUGAUGUUCAGAAAAGUGUUUUACUUUUUUUAAAGUGUUUUUUUUUUUUCAUAUAAAGAAGCGCAACACUGUGUAGUCUCAUAGCAUACCACCCCACCACCACCCCACCCCACUCUCUUCACACUCUUCAAAGCUGCUUUGAAUAAACUGUAAAAUAUGCAAAGUCUGCAACUCUGAGGACAUAUCCUUCUACAUUCCUAAAGUAUCACACUUUUGCAUGUGGCUCUCUCACCAAACUAUAUCAUGAGUUAAACUGGUCCAUUUUGUGUUCUGUGUGACUGUAUGAAUCACUGCAUAUAAAAACUGACAAUAAAGUUAUAUUUCUGCUUGCUGUACAA